CAUCAUGCAUACAUAAUGCAUAAUACUGUAAUCAUCCCUCUUAAUUUGACCAUUUCUCUGUUGCAGGGAGAUCCAGGUCCGCCGGGUCCAGGAACACUGUCUGUUGAAAAGCAAGCUCAAAAAGGAGAUCAGGGUCCCUCAGGAACUCCUGGAGAAAAGGGAGACGUGGGGCCACCCGGUCAACCAGGAGCUCCAGGGAAAGAGGGCAAAAGGGGUCGACGAGGGAAAACCGGAGAGCCAGGGACUCCAGGAUUACAGGGUCCGCCUGGAACAUGUGAUGCUGAAACCGUCAAGGGGAUGAAGGGUGACCAAGGUGUUGCAGGAGAAAGGGGCCAGAAAGGCGAUCGAGGUGAUUCAGGUUUGCCUGGCCUGGAGGGAGCCGGUGGAAUGAAGGGCCAGAAGGGUGAAGAAGGACCCAGAGGACCACCGGGACCCGUGAGUGAUGUCAUGACAGCACAUGGAUUGAGGCUUUCUGGACCUGAGGGGGAAGGCAGUGAGAAAGGCCAGAAAGGAGAGAAAGGAGACCAGGGUGAAAAGGGGGCUGACGGAUCACAAGGUCUACAGGGCGCUGCUGGACUGACAGGUCCACCAGGACUUGAGGGAAAAGUGGGUCCGCCAGGUCCUGUUGGUCCUCGUGGUCUUCAAGGAGAUCCGGGCUCUGCCGGUCUGAUAGGACUCCCUGGGAAUAAUGGAAUGAAAGGAGAAAAGGGCGAUGCAGGCGGAGCGCCGGGGCCAGCAGGACCCCCUGGCCUCAAGGGUGAGCCUGGUGAGCCCUGCUCUGUCGGACUUUGCGGUGGGGAGGAGGUUGCAUCUGGUCUGCGAGGUUUACGGGGCCCUAAGGGUGAACGAGGUGUACCAGGAGUGCCUGGAGACGCUGGAGAGAAAGGUGAACCUGGUUUUGGCAUCACUGGACCUCCGGGUCUGACAGGACCUAAAGGAGAACCAGGAAGUCAGGGUCCUCUGGGACCUCAAGGACCCAUUGGAGUACCAGGAAUUGAGGGACCUCCAGGCCCACAAGGAAGACCAGGACUCCCUGGACCUCCCGGAGAACCGACAGCACUACCAAUGGUUGGAGACAUGGGGACAUUAAUGAAGAACGCCUGCAGUGUGUGUCAGACCAGAGUCCCAGGGUUACCAGGGCAGAAAGGAGAAAAAGGUUCCCCUGGAGCGUCAGGUAUCCCAGGAAUGGAUGGAGAAAAGGGGGAUCAGGGUCUGCGAGGCCCAGCUGGAAAUCCUGGAAAAGAGGGUCCGAAGGGAGUGAAGGGCGAGAGAGGCUUUCCUGGUCCAAUGGGGGACAAGGGUGAUGAGGGGUCUCCGGGUGUGCCAGGAUUGCCUGGAUCUACAGGCCGCACAGGUUCACAAGGAAUGAAUGGCAGACCAGGAGCUGUUGGGCCCCAAGGACAAAAGGGUGAUCGAGGCAGCGAAGGACCACCGGGCCAACCCGGACCUCCUGGACCCCCUGGUGCUCCAUAUUCAGAGGGCAACGGGAUGAGCAGUAUCUAUAAGCUUCAGAACGGAGCAGCUAACGGAGGUCAACCCGGACCACCAGGGCCUCCGGGACCCAAAGGAGAUGAAGGAAGGAUGGGUGAGCCGGGACUGAUGGGAUUACCAGGACUAGAGGGGCUGACAGGUGCUAAGGGUGAUCCUGGUCUUCCUGGUCCACCUGGUCUUAAUGGUCCUGUUGGAAAGCCUGGACCGCGUGGUGAGACAGGGAUCCCUGGAGAGCCGGGAGAACGAGGGCCUGUGGGAGAGACUGGCUUCCCUGGACCUGAAGGGCCUCCUGGAGCUCCUGGAAGGCCAGGAAAAGAUGGAGUUCCAGGCUAUGAGGGAGCCACAGGCAGACCUGGAGACCGAGGUACCAAGGGAGAACGGGGAGAUCCAGGGAUUCCAGGCGAGAGAGGAGUUCAAGGAGAAAGAGGGAAAACUGGAGAUAAAGGGACCAUCGGUCCUCAGGGCCCGCCUGGACAGAAAGGAGAACCAGGCCCUCCUGGAUCUUUAACAUCACCAGGGAGCGUCAAAUUGUUGAGUGAUACAGCUGCCUUGGAGGAAAUUAAAACAUUCAUCCGAAAUGAAGUAUUGCGCGUGUUUGAAGAGAAAUUUUCAGACAGUCAAACUUUGCUGCAAAAGACACCGGCGGCUAUAUUAGCAGCACAAGGUCGACAAGGCCCCCCAGGGCCACCCGGUAAUGACGGCUCCCCAGGACCCCCCGGAGAGCCAGGACCUCCAGGUUCCCAAGGGUAUCGAGGGCAGAAAGGGGAACGGGGUCAGAUGGGUCUGGGACUUCCAGGAGCUCCAGGACCCGCCGGACCACAAGGUCCAGUUGGAUUAGGACCCCAGGGGCCUUCAGGUCCCCCGGGGCCCCCGGGUCCGCAUGGAAGAUGUAACCCCAGCGACUGCUUCCACCCUUAUGGUAGACGGGAUGGCUAGAAACUGACACACCCUCAUCAAUGCUGAAUAAAUCAAGCGAAGCAGCUCAUCUAAAAUCCUAAUAAAAACAAGUGUAGGAUGCCUCCUGGAGGAGAAGAAACAAGCAAACCUCAUCCCCGCAGAGCAGCCAUUACCGCUGAUGUCAUUUUAUCAUUUCUCUCCGCUUCAUUUCCCAUAGUUGUGACCAAUGCAUUUACUCGUGUUUUGCGGAUAUGACAUGAGAAUUCAAAUGCCAUCGAUACACUAAUCACAAGCGACUGAGGCGGUGCGGUCAAUGCAAUGCAGGUGAAAUGAGAAUUUUAUUUACAUUCGCUUCUUUUCUUCAAGCUGACGUGAAGUAGUUUUCAUUAAAUUGUGAUGCCGCUAUGCAAUCUAAUGUAGAAAAGCUCGUGUAAAUAACAGACAUUUUAAUUGCUUUUCAGACAUUUACUUUUGAAAAUAUUUAAAAAGCAAUGUACUUUCAGUCCUUUCAGGAAGAACAUUGCUCAUGAAGGGAGUAAGUUAUUGUCAUAUUUAUCAGCCGCACUGAUGAUGCAUAUAUAAUGGAGCACUCAUAUAACCUCUGAGACCACUAGUACAAUUAUUCAUCUUUCUCAUUAAUCAUUAUACAUUUCAAAAUUCAACUAAAAUGUAUAAUUACUAAAUGAAACAAAAAAAUAAUUGAAAAUAUAAGCAAUUUAUAUUUGUGUGUUUAUUAUUUAUUUUAGAUUUUAACAUCAUCAUUAUUUCUCUAACCACCAUAAUUGAUCAAUUUGCAAUUAUUAUUAAAGGGUCAUGAACCACAAACCCCCUCAUUUCUCCGCCGGGUGUUUUUACACCUCUAGACUGACAAAAGUCAGGCAAGUGAGUGAGUCCAGCUUUGUUUAGGUGGGAGUGUCGAGUGGCGAAAGAGGGAAGUUUUUGCAUGAAAAGGGGAGUUUCAGCAUGUGCACGCGUGGAUUUUCAUAGCGGCAAAAACAAUACAAACACAGGAGAGACAGUGACUACAUUUACAUGGACAUCAGUAAUCAAAUUAUUUGCCUUAAUUUGAAUAAGACAAUAAUAUAAUAAAUGAGUUUACCUGAGACUUUUUGAAUGUUCCUUUUAUCAUCCUGUUUUUUCCCGUAAUUUCGGGUGUUUCAUUCUUAAUUUGUCGAAUUUAACUGCAGUUAGGCCCUUUCACUUUCAUUUACGAACAUUUCAUGCAUGCCCCCUGUGACAAACGAGAUAUUGGAUGCGAGGAACUGCUGGAAGAGUGUUGUUUUAAUGGAAUUUUUGAUAUUGCACGACGAUUGGAAGAAAAAAAAUACUCUGCAUUUCUUAAUGCAGAGACUCGGUAGAUGCAAACAGUAACAUCAAACAGCUGUGUGUAUGGACUAUACAGUCACAAAAUGCGGCAAAAAUCAUACGCAACCCAUGUCUCCAAAUAUUUCUUUUUUUCCACAAAUUUAAUUAGGCAACACAACCUCUCAGUGGUCUGAACACUGUACAAGUAAAAACAGUCUUCAAAGCUAUAUCGUGCAUAUUAAUGAAGUAGCACCUCAUUCACAAUAGAGCGCGCUGAUUGGUUUGAACCAAGUCUUUCCCAUGAAUUAAAUGAUGAAAACUCAAAGACAUCACGUAUUGGCCGGUACAUACAGCCAAUCUCCCUGCUGGAUUUUACACAAUGAUCUCAUCAUGGUGAUGCAGCGUCAAAUUUUAUGUUUGAACCAGAAGAACGAAUUUGCUCGAAAUAACACAAACAACCAAUUUUCAGGGUUUUUUUGGUGAAAUUUAUGUGUCUUAAUACACAUAUAUGACACAUAUAUGAUUGUCAACAUCUCAAAAAAAUGUAUUUUGGUGUUUCAUGACCCUUUAAUAUCUCUCUUUUUUAUCUAAAAGUUGUUCAUUUUGUGUUUAAAAUGGGUAAGAGAAUCUCCUAAUUUUAAAUAUGGUCUCCUACUUUUAUGUAAAUGUUUGACCAAACACAGCAAAUAGUAAUAAUUGAAAUAAUAAUAAUAAUAGCGAUGUUGCCGUGUGGCUGGUGAGGUCAAAACUGCUCAUGACAUUAAUAAGCUUUAAUUGUUUACAGGGAAAUAAAGGAAUUUUCCUUUAUUCAGACUGUUUGAACACCUCCAUAAUGGUGUAGUAUGUAUAUUUUGGUCUCUACUAGGUUUGAUUUUCGGAAAAAAAAAGAAAAAAAAGAUGUGAAUUGCUUUUUUAUUUGCAUAUUUAUCUUUGGCUUCGUGUGAAAAGCGUCCUUCCAUGUUACUUGAAUAUUUUUUUAUAAGACAACAUAUUUGUCAAUAUCAUAUUCACAAAUGGCAAACCGUCAUAUUAUCAAACCUUACAUUUCAUGGGCAGCAGUGUGUCUUAAGACCAUGUUUUUUGUAAUUCAGGUCUUUAUUUAUUGUAGUCCGGAUUCACAUUUUAUUUAUUGUGUUUAUCUUGAGAUUUUACUGUACAAGUCAUUGAAUCGUUUGACUCUCUGUUGGGAAGAUGAACAGUUCUUGAGUGGUGGAUGGAGAACAGUUUUGUGAUGUUUUGCAUUUUGGUUUGUGCUGCUUUCUUCUUUCUUCCUGAGUUUCUUUCUUCCUGUUUUCUUUUAGUACACUGGGGUCAAUUAUGUAGACGUUUGGUGUCUCACACUCGCCAAGACUGCAUUUAUUGCAAUUUUAAUUCUGUUGACAUGAUGUCUGUGAAUUGCCGAGCUUUUACAAACUGCAAAACAAAUCCAUAUUGAACAGAUGCUUUCUUUAGUGUUGCUUUUUUGUUAUUGGGAGGAAAGAGCGCAACAUAUAUUUAAGUAUGAAUCUAAAUGUUGCGUUGUUGGAGCAGUGUUGGGUGUAAUUAGUCUCAAAUUAACUGGUUACUGUAAUUAAAUUACUUUUCUGCUGAAAAAAAAUUAGGUAAGGGAUUACUUUUUAUAUUUAUGUUAUUUAAUUAGUUACUUGCUUAAAUACUAGGCAUAAAUUCAAUCGUUCCAUAUAAAUCAAUUCUGAGAAGCAGAGUAAUUUUGUUUUUUUAUGAUUAAAAAUAUAUUUUGCUGAAUAAUAAUAU